AUGCUAAACAACGCGCUUAUCAGAGCACUUGUAACGAACGGCUAUAUUUCUGAAGCCAUUCAAGUAUUCACAAUGAUGGACACCAACGGAUGGACCGAUUCUUGUACGUUUGGAAUACUCAUGAGGGAAGCAGCAAGAGAAAAUGAUUUUAUCAAAGUUUUGAUGAUGUAUUCUGAUAUCAAAAAACGAGGUAUCAAACUCAUGUUUCCCGAGCUUGCUGUUGUUAUCUAUGCCAUGGUAAAGACACAGAAAAUAGACGAGGCAUUGAAUAUUUUGAAAAAUAUGACCGAUGAGUUUAAAAGUCGUACUGAUCCCUCAACCAAACCCGGGUUCGAGAAUAUACCCAUGUCUAGGUGUUCAAAUACAUCGAAAGAAGAUAUUGAAGCCGUACGAUCUGGGUUCAAUUCUAUCAUCUAUGGGUUGUGUCGACUUGGACUUCGUAAGCGAGCUCAAGACAUGCUGAUAGAUUUGCAGAAACUGGGAAUCUCGCCAAACGGCCAUACCAUAUCAUUGUUUUUGACCAUGUACAUUUCACUACAACGAUUACAAAAAACAAAACCAAUUCUUGCUGCAUGGUUCAAACGAGAGUCUAACAGUCGAAUUCGCCAUACUAGUAGCGAUACAUUGACUCGAUUACAAAAGUUUCAAUCUAAUGACAAUCAAGAUGGAUUUCACAUGCUGAUACUGUAUCUUGUGUAUUCUGGAUAUCAUGCAAUGUACUCGGGAAAAGCUAUUGCUAGACAUGUAACAUCUCAACGCGAGUAUUAUAACCAGAAAACAUCACAGUUUCGAUAUGCUGGACAUCCGUUAUAUGGAAAUCAACAAUCAUCUAAUAUAUGUACUACAAUAUCGCAUCAUACGACGUCUUCACUUUCCACUGAUCAAAAACCAAAAACUGCAUCUUAUUUGGCACAGGACUCGGUUGGAAAACAGUUUGUUCAGGAUGCGGUCAAAUCAAUUGGUGCAGACUAUUCAUAUGCUGCUUCAGCUGUUAUUCUCUUUCAUGCCAAACAUCAGUGUCGUUAUUUUCUUAAAUCCAAUGAGCCGAGUCAUUUUACACCUUUGCAGUCCUAUACGGCAACUCAUUCUUUAAUAACACGCAAGUUUGAUAAAGUGUAUCAGCAUGCAGUAGAUGAUGUCGACACAUUAAAGCCCAUGUGGGAUGUAUCCGAUUCCAUAUAUUGCACUACUUUAAUGAAAGAUGUCGAUGAGAGUUUGGUCACUUCGUGUACACGUGGGUAUCAUUAUCAACAGGCUGAAAACAUGUUUGCUGAACUGCAACACGAAGGAAAAGAUCUGGUUCCAAUGGUACAUGAUUCACUUGUAUCCAUGUACCGCUUAUCAGGAGAAAUAGAAAAAGUACGUGCAUUAGAUGCUAUGACUCAUCAUAAAUACAUGGAUGAAUCUGUCAGCAUGGAUCAUGUGGAGUCAAUGUGGAAUUUUGAUGAUGGAACUGGACCAUUAUCCAAUGGAUUGCACCCCCAGCUAAAAGACUCUCUAUCUAUACCUUUUCGUAAUCAAGCUAAAUAA